CGAGACGUGUUGCGCGACGGCGAGCAGCGUCGGUCGACGAUGCUCCUUCGCUUUGGCCCCCGUCUCGCUCGCCUUCGUCCUACUCGCCCACGUCCGCUAUCACGCUAUAGUACCGCGAAUCAUGAUUCCGUCCAGAAGUACGACCAGUCGCCGAUCCUGAAGUAUGUCAAGAGCAAAGUCGAUGAGCGGGCCAAGCUACUCGGCGAGGUAUCCGAAGACUGGUCACGCCCAGAAGACGUAGCACUGGUAAAGCGUAUCAAGGAGUUGGAAACCUUGGACGAGGCAUGGCAGCAGUGGUCGCGCGCAAGACAAUCACUACAAGAAACUGCGCCUCUUCUAAACGACGCUGACCCGUCCAUGCGUGCGCUUGCCAUGGAGGAACAUGCAUCCCUCACCGAACAACUAUCGACUCUCCUCGAUGAGACCCUCCCAACUCUCGUCGUCCCACCCAGCACAACGGCAGGUAUGUCAGCCUUGAUAGAGUUCAAGUCCGGCGUCGGCGGUCAGGAGUCAUCGCUGUUCUUGGUCGACCUUCUGCGAGCAUACGAGCGCGCUGCCCAGGAGUACGGCUGGAAGACUGCAGUCAUGGACAGCAAUUCGCUCGACCAAGGUGGCAUGAGAGACGCUAUUUUGGAGGUGCAGGGCGAGCGUGCAUACGACCUCAUGCGAUGGGAGAGCGGCGUGCACCGCGUCCAGCGCGUUCCGUCGACGGAAACCAGUGGUCGCAUUCACACAAGUACAGUCACAGUCAUUGUUCUACCCCUUUCGGAGGACCAUGGACAGCAGGAAACAAGCGAUCUGUUCACUGCGGACGAGAUCAAGAUCGAGGUGAUGCGUGCCCGGGGUGCGGGUGGUCAGCACGUCAACAAAACAGAAUCGGCGGUACGACUCACUCAUAUACCGACUGGCAUCACCGUGUCUAUGCAAGACGAACGGAGCCAGCACCAAAAUCGUAGACGUGCAUUUCAAGUACUUCGCGCGCGGCUCAUGGAUCGCAAGAUAACACAAGACGUCAUCGACCGCCGCGACGCCCGACGAAGUCUGGUCUCGAGCGCGGACCGCGGCGACAAGAUCAGAACAUAUAACUAUCCUCAGGACCGGGUAACUGAUCAUAGGAUCGGUAUGUCCGUGAUGAAUCUGCCUGCGGUCAUGGAAGGCGGAGGAUUGCGGGACUUCUUUGAGGCGCUAGAGCAGAGACACCACCAUGAUCGUCUAGAAGAUAUCCUUGCUAAUUGACUGGUUUUGGUGACUGA